GGGAGGGGUCAUGUGGUAACACUCUCCCAGGAUCAUUUUGUUCUUCCUCUUCAGGCCUGUUGGCAGGAAAAGACCAGAUGGCAGGCUGAAAUCCAAUCAAGUUUGGAGUUGUGGUCUCUAGUGAAGCCAACUCCAGCAAAUUCGAGGCUUCAAUCACCCUCCUCAGGUAGUCACCUCUGUUCCUAUUCCCAUCAUGACAGAGAACUAUCUCCAAGCGUGAGUUUAGACAAACUGGAAACAGCUGAUAACUUUUCACCACAGCAUUGUAGUCCAAAGAUCCUGUCUAUCAAGACUCUUACAAGCCAGCCAGUUGUUCACCAACCCAUCAGCUGCCAAACAAGUCAUGGACCAACCAGGCAAAAACCAACCAGGCUUGAACCAACCAAAUGUAACACAACCAGGUGCAAGUGAACCAGCUAUGAACCACCCAGGCAUAAGACAAUCAGGCUCAGGCAAAACAGACAUGAAUCAAACAGUUAUGAGCCCAGCAGGCAGAAGCCCAUACAAUAUGAAACAACCUGGGACCAGCCAACCAAACAUCAACCAGCCAAGCAUGAGCCAACAAGGCAUGAACAAACCAGGUGUGACAAGAUCAGGUGCAAGCCAAACAGAUAUGAACCAACCAGGCCCGAGCCAACCCAAUAUGAAACAACCAGGGCCAAGCAUGGACCAGCCAGUCAAGAGCAAACCAGACAUGAGCCAACAAGGUAUGAGGCAGCCAAAACCAAGCCAACUGGAUAUAAAAAACCUAGGCAAAAGCCAACCAGACAUGAAUCAAGCAGGCAUGAGCCAAACAAGCAUAUGGCAGCCAGGCCCACCUCCUCCCAACAUGAAGCAAAUGAACUCAUGGCAAUGGGGUCCAGGGUAUCCAGGUAGGAGACCACCAGACAUGUGGCAAAUAGACCAAAGCAAUCAGGGAAUGAGACAAUCAGACACAGUGCAACCAGGUCCAAGCUAUGCAGGACAGAGACAACCAGAUACAUGGAUAUCCGAUCCAAGUUAUUCAGGAAUGAAACAAAGAGAACCACAGCAAUGGGGGUCAAGCUCUGCAAGCUUCAGACAAAAAGAUGCAGGUCAAUGGAGCUCAAGCCACUUAAACAAAAAAUAUUCAAAUUCAUGGCAAGCACUCGUAGAUUUUUCAGCCAUCAGACAAUUAAACUUCAGACAAGCAGAUCCCACUGAACAAGGUAUGAAACAAUUUGACACAUUGCAACCAGACCCUAUUCAACCAGGCAUGAGACUGAGAGUACCAAGCUCAGGGCAACCAGGCCCCAGACAGCCAUGUAUGAGACAAAAUGACAUACAGCAAUUGGACCUUAACCAACAAGGCAUGAAACAGUCAGGCACAUGGCAACCAGGCCUCUGCCCACAAGGCAUGAGGCAAUUGGGCACAUGGCAACCAGACCCCAGCCCACUAGGCAUGAAACAGUCAGGCACAUGGCAACCAGGCCCCAGCCCACUAGGCAUGAAACAGUCAGGNACAUGGCAACCAGGCCCCAGCCCACUAGGCAUGAAACAGUCAGGCACAUGGCAACCAGAUCCCAGCCUACUAGGCAAGAAAUGGUCAGGCACCUGGCAACUGAGCCUCAACCAACUAGGCAUAAGACAGUCCAACACAUGUCAACUAGGCCCUAGACCACCAGCUAUGACACAAUCAGACACAAAGCAACUGGGCCCUAGCCCACUGAGCAGGACACCAUCAAACACAAAGCAACUUGGCCCCAGUCUAUCAGGCAUAAAAGAUUUAGACACAGAGCAAUCAAGCCCCAGCCAAUCAAGCAUGACAAAAUAUGACACAUGUCAACCCAACCAAUCAGGCAUGAAAGAGCUAGACAGAUGGCAACCAGGCACCAGUCAACCAGGCAGGAUAGAAUUGAACACACAGCAAUUAGGCACCAUCCAACCAGGCAUUAAACAGUUGGAUUCAUGGCAAAGGGGUCCCAACCAGCCAGGCAGGAUAGAAUCAGAAAAAUGGCAAAUAGGCCCCAGGCCCCUAGGUAUGAGACAAUUGGAUUCAUGGCAACCAGGUCCAAGCCAAUUGGGCAUGAAAUAUUCAGACUCAUGCCCAUGGGGCCCAAGCCACUCAGGCAUGGGACACUCAGAUUUAUGGCAACCAAGCCCCAGCCAAUUAGGCACAAGACUAUCAGAUGCAUGGCAAACAUGCCCAAGCCACCCAGGCAUGAAACAAUUGGAUACAUGGCAACAAAGUCCCAGAAUCCCUGGUGUAAGACAAUUAUACACAUGGAAGCCAAGCCCCAGUUGCUCAGGCACAAGACAAUCAGAAAAAUGGCAAUUAGAUCCCAGCAACCCAGACAUGAGACAAUCAGGUAUUUUGGAACCGAUGCCAAGGCAAUUCAAGACAAGUACCAGCCAACAGGGUACAUACCAAGAAGGCGUGAAACAAUCACAGACAAGUCAACCAGAAACCAUUCAAUUAGGGACAAACCAAUUAGCUACAAGCCAGCCAGAUACCACCCAACCAGGAACUAGCUCAUUAGAUACAAACCAAAUAGACACCACCCAACCAAACCAAGGAGAAAUGACACAAUCAGAUACAUCAAUGACAAGUCCAAGUCAACCAGAGAUGAAAGCCAGCCCAUCAGACAUCACCAGCCAAUCAGACUCAAGUCAAGUAGGCAUAAGUCAACGAGGUAAAAGUCAAUUAGAGCCAAGUGAAUCAAGCAUGAGUGAUUUUGAUACAAAUCAACAAGGAAUGAUUCAAUUACCCACGAGAAAAACAAGUACUGAUCCUUUCUACAUAAGACCUGCUGAGCCUCAGGACUGCCCAGAUAUCCUGCAAUUGAUAAAAGAAAUGGCUUCCUAUGAAGGCAUGCAAGAAAACGUGAACUUAACAGAACUGGAUUUAUUCAGGGAUGGUUUUGGAGACAAUCCACUUUUCUACUGCCUGGUUGCAGAAGUACCCGCUCAACAAACAGAAUCAGGAGUAAAAAUUAUUGGAUUUGCCAUGUACUACUACACAUACAACCCAUGGAUUGGCAAACUGCUUCACCUAGAGGAUUUUUACAUCAUUGAAGGUUACCAAGGUCUAGGUAUUGGGGCUGCUAUGCUGAAGAAGCUAAGUCAGAUAGCCAUCAGUUCCCAAUGCAGUGCCAUGCAGUUUCUUGUUGUCAUUUGGAAUCAGGAUUCCGUUGCGUACUACAGUCGCCUAGGGGCUUUGGACCUUUCCUGUGAGGAAGGCUGGCAUUUGUUCAGAUUUAACAUGGAAGAUCUCCUGGAACUUGCAGAGGAAACAUGAAAAAAGCCUGGUAACAACUCAUCCCAACAUAGGCCUCAACAUGUGAAUGUCACCUUAGAAACAUCACUUUGACAUCAAAUGUUGUGAAAUAAAGCAAGUGAGCAC